AUGGGUGAGCCAGAGACUCGAUGUGUAAGAGGCUGCUGCGUGAGCACAACAUUGAAGCUGAACGUGCCUAAAGCAGAGAUAAAGACAGGGCCGCUGAUUGCCAAGGGCCCAGAAAGCAGCGUAUAUGAAGGGUCAUAUUUGGAACAACCAGUUGCCCUGAAGAAGCCACGAUUGUCAACAUCCGAGGACAUGGAUCGAUUUCACAAAGAGCUAAAGCUCCUGAGCUCGCUCAAGCAUCCCCACAUCGCCUCGUUGCUUGCUGCUCGAGCUUAUCCUCCGGACUACGUUCUCAUUUUCACCCUUCAUCGUGGAGGGAACCUGCAUGAAGCACUUCACACGAAACAGUGGAAGCCAAGUGUGCUGGAUAUCCUUCGCAUUGGUUAUCAGGCUGCUCAAGCACUGGCGUACGUUCAUUCGUUGGGCGUUGUACACCGGGAUGUGAAACCAUCCAACAUCUUGGCUCACACUGUGCUGGAGAUGGAUUAUUCCGAACAGCAGCUGGCUGCAGCUAUUACCACAUUCAAUCUCAGGCCGAAUCUUCCUGGACAAAAUGGUCCAGUCACAGAGAGACUGCAAAGCCUCAUUGAAAAGUGCUGGCAUCCGAACAUCAACUCGCGGCCUUCAAUGUCAGAUGUUGCACAUGACAUUGAGAACAUUCUCUCCGGAAGUGUGCCCUUUUCAAUAGACCACACCCAACAGCCAGGCAUAGUGCACAACCAACCAGAUCCUUCUCAAGCCUUUCCACCUGAAGAGAUUUUAUCUUCCAAAAACACUGUGCUGUCAAGCAAGGUUGUGGACCUUGCCAAGCAGGCAACAGCUCAUGCAUCAGCUAUUUCCAUUGGGUCGUUUGCAACAAGUGGGGCAAGAGAGAAGAUGGAAGAUCGACAUUUUAUCAAUGCAUUCACUGUUGCAUCUUCCACAAUUCAUCUGUUCGGGGUUUUCGAUGGUCAUCGAGGGUAUGAAGCUGCAGAAUAUUGUGCACGGAACAUCCCUGGAAUUGUAAUGGACAAGCUUUCCGAACUCAGUCCACCUGAGGCUCUCAUUGCGUCCUUCCUGGCAACUGACAAGGCCUUGGAAUUAGAGCUGAGCAAGCAGCGAAAAGCUCGACCUGACAGCGGCAAGGGGUGGUACCCAGGGUGUACAGCAUGCGUAACCCUUGUGAUUGGAACCGACAUGUACAUUGCAAAUGCUGGCGACUGCAGGGCUGUUGUGAGGCAGUCUGGAGAAGUGAAGGCACUGUCCCGUGAUCACGUCGCUAGUGACCCAGAGGAGCGCAGUCGAGCAGAGAAAGCUGGGGGUCUGGUGCAGUGGCGUGUCAACACUUGGCGUGUGGGAGCUGCGGGGAUUGAAGUUACUCGGUCAUUGGGCGACCAUGACAUGAAACCUGCAGUGACAGCAGAGCCAGAAGUUACCCACCACAGGCUCACUGAAGAGGACGAGUUUCUGGUCAUGGCGAGUGAUGGGCUGUGGGAAAAGUUAAGCAAUGAGGAAGUGUCACAGUAUGUGCUAGACACUGUAAAGGAGCCCUCAAUGAGCAGCAAGCGCCUGGUGACAGAGGCAGUGGAUCGGGGCAGUCAGGAUAAUGUCACAGCAAUUGUAGCAUACUUGAAGAAUGUAUCCACAGUGGAAAGGAUAUACUAG